AAAUAAAUAAAGAGGGGAGGGGGUGUUUAGGGUAAUUAGUGUACACACCAGAAGAGACCACCGUUGGAUAUGUAAAAAAAAAGUGUGGAUCUCAUCUGGAGUGUUGUUGUUCUUAAUUCAUUCAUUACCGCUUAAAAGAAAGGUACAGACUUCUCUGACCAAACGCAAAGAAUCACCGACCCAUUCCUUCCGACACAACCCUCCUCUCCUCUCCAUCCUUUCUUCUUUCCAGUUCUGAUUCGAGAUUUGAUUUGAUUUGAUCCAUCCAUCAUCGUUUCGUUUAAAAAAAAAAAAAAUCAGUUUCGGUUUCUGAAUCUCCGAUGCGUUUACAUCAUCUGCAAAUUAUUGCUUAAUCCUUGAAUCUGACAGCAACAAUUGAGUCUGCGAUUGCUUCUUCGAUUUGAAGCUCUGCUUUUAAUCCUGCAAAUUCUUUCCCGAGGGAAAAGACCUUCCUUCCAUUGUAGAAAUUGAGAAACUGACUUAGAGUGGAAAUGGUGGGGCCAAGUACGUUGUUUCACCGGAGAAAGCAUUCAUGGCCUCCUGAGGAAUUCAUUACCAAAACUACUUUGCAAUUACUUGAUUUCGAUAGUGCUGCUCCGCCACCGCACGCAUGGAGGAGGAGGUUGAACUGCCAUGCCAAUAUCUUGAAAGAGUUCACUAUCACCUUUCGAGAAGCCAUCAAAAUGGUAACGUUGGGGAUACGUCUAUGGUCUUAUGUCAGAGAAGAAGCCUCCCAUGGAAGGAAAGCACCUAUCGAUCCUUUCACCAAAGAGAAUUGUAAACCAUCUGCAUCCCAAGGUGUUCCCCUCGGAGGAAUGGGAAGUGGAAGCAUAUCUAGGGGCUUCAGGGGCGAGUUUAAGCAGUGGCAAAUUACUCCUGGAACUUGCGAUCCAUCACCUAUGAUGUCUAAUCAGUUUUCUAUUUUUAUUUCUCGAGAGGGUGGGCACAAAAAAUAUGCAUCAGUUUUGGCUCCAGGCCAGCAUGGAAGUUUAGGAAAAACGCGUGAUAAAGGUAUUUCUUCAUGGGGUUGGAAUCUGAAUGGCCAGCAUUCUACUUAUCAUGCGUUAUUUCCUCGGGCAUGGACUGUAUAUGAUGGUGAGCCUGACCCAGAGUUAAAGAUUUCAUGUCGACAAAUAUCUCCCUUUAUACCAAACAAUUACCGAGAUAGUAGUCUUCCCGCAGCUGUUUUCGUAUAUACUUUGGUGAACACUGGAAAGGAAAGGGCAAAAGUCAGUCUUCUUUUUACAUGGGCGGUGAGUUGGCAUCUGAUUCAUUUCUAUUACAUUAUAUCCAGAAGAGGAGAUGUUUACCAGCUUUGUUUUUUACAGAACUCAAUUGGUGGGACUUCGCAUAUGUUAGGGGGUCAUGUGAAUGAGCCAUUUAUAGGCGAGGAUGGGGUCUCCGGCGUCCUCUUACAUCACAAAACAGGCAAGGGAAACCCUCCUGUUACAUUUGCGAUCUCUGCUUGUGAGACUCAGAAUGUGAAUGUGACUGUUUUACCAUGCUUUGGUUUGUCUGAAGACAGUUCUUUUACAGCAAAGGAUAUGUGGGAUAAAAUGGAGAAGGAUGGGAAAUUUGAUCAAGAAAACUUCAAUAGUGGGCCGAGCGUGCCUUCAACAGCUGGAGAUACUAUUUGUGCAGCAGUCUCAGCUACUGCGUGGGUAGAGGCACAUGGCAAGUGCACUGUAUCUUUUGCUCUUUCAUGGUCAUCACCAAAAGUGAAAUUUUCAAAGGGAAGCACAUAUGACAGGAGAUACACUAAAUUUUAUGGAACUUCGCCAAGAGCAGCUGUUGACCUUGUGCAUGAUGCACUAACACAUUAUAAAAGGUGGGAGGAAGAUAUUGAAGCAUGGCAAAAUCCCAUCCUUAGAGAUGAGAGGCUCCCUGAAUGGUACAAGUUCACUCUGUUCAAUGAGCUUUACUUUUUGGUAGCCGGUGGCACAGUCUGGAUAGACUCCGCUUCAAUCCGGGCCAAUGGGAAUAGUCAGCUUCAACAAUCAGAUUUAGGAAAUUCAGAUGGUGGAGUUGACAGUAAAGACCAACAGAAUAACCGUGAUAAUUGCGACAGCAAUGGAAUAGAAAGCAAUGGGGAAGCAUCAGUUACUGACAAAAGCAAUGGUUUAUUUGUAGACACUUCGCACGUAGAUGAUGAUGUUGGUAGGUUUCUGUACUUGGAAGGUGUGGAGUAUGUGAUGUGGAACACGUACGAUGUGCACUUUUACGCAUCGUAUGCGCUCCUUAUGCUAUUCCCAAAGAUCGAACUGAACAUCCAGCGGGAUUUCGCUAAAGCCGUGUUGUCUGAGGAUGGGAGGAAGGUUAAGUUCCUUGCGGAGGGGAACUUGGGGAUCCGCAAGGUCAGAGGCGCUGUUCCUCACGAUCUAGGGAUGCAUGAUCCUUGGAACGAGAUGAAUGCGUACAACAUACACGACACAAGCAAGUGGAAGGAUCUUAACCCAAAGUUUGUGCUUCAGGUGUAUAGAGAUUUCGCAGCUACAGGGGAUUACCAAUUUGGUAUAGACGUUUGGCCAGCGGUUCGUGCUGCUAUGGAGUACAUGGAACAGUUUGAUAGAGAUAACGACGAUCUGAUAGAGAACGACGGUUUCCCUGAUCAGACGUACGAUACGUGGACUGUUCAUGGCGUGAGCGCCUACUGCGGUUGCUUGUGGCUUGCUGCUCUUCAGGCAGCAGCGGCAAUGGCUCUCCAGAUCGGUGAUAAGUUCUUUGCGGAACUGUGCAAGAACAAGUUUUUGAAUGCAAAGGCAGCGUUGGAAGCGAAGCUCUGGAACGGAACUUACUUCAAUUAUGACAGCGGGGCGAGCAGCAACAGCAAAUCGAUACAGACGGAUCAGCUUGCGGGUCAGUGGUAUACUGCUUCCUCAGGUCUGCCUCCGAUUUUCGAGGAUUCCAAAAUCAAAAGCACUUUGCAAAAGAUUUUUGAUUUCAAUGUGAUGAAGACGAAAGGAGGGAGAAUGGGUGCUGUAAAUGGGAUGCAUCCUGAUGGGAAAGUGGAUGAGACGUGCAUGCAGUCACGUGAGAUAUGGACAGGUGUCACGUAUGCAGCAGCAGCUACUAUGAUCCUCUCUGGAAUGGAGGAGCAAGGGUUCACUACUGCUGAGGGAAUCUUCACAGCUGGGUGGUCAGAAGAAGGUUUCGGAUACUGGUUCCAGACACCGGAAGGGUGGACAAUGGAUGGGCAUUACAGGUCAUUGAUAUACAUGAGGCCUCUCGCAAUAUGGGGAAUGCAGUGGGCGUUGUCGCUGCCAAAGGCAAUCCUUGAUGCUCCUAAGAUCAACAUGAUGGACAGAGUUCACAUGUCCCCUAGAAGCCGGAGAUUCUCUCACAACUCCAGAGUUGUAACACACAAAGCUAAGUGUUUUGGAGAUUCUUCUUUAAGCUGUACCUGCUGAAUAAUGUUCCGGAUUGUAAUUGUAAUGUAAUUAACAGGUGGGAAAUAUUUCCAUAAAAAAUAAUGGAAACGUUUCUAGAAUGUUGCGGUACAAAUUGCUCAUGUUUUGCAGGAAGAUGAUAAGUUUGUAACCAAACUGUUUGCUUUCUUUCAUGGUUAAUAACCUUCAAGUUUCCUUAUCAGGAUCUUGAAGAAGACUUUUUUGCUUCGUACAUAGAGAAAAGAAAGCUAGGGACAGGUUCUUUCUCAGUUUAGCUAAUGGAUGUAUCACUUAUAUCUCGUGUUAUUAGCUAACAAUUUUUUUUUGUCUUGUAACGAAUAUUCAAUCAAUCACUAUUCUAGACCAUGUUUCCAAGUACUCGACGUUGAAAGUUAGAGCAACUCAAUAAUCUGUAAAAGCGAGUCUCACCAGAUCAGAAUGCGGAAAGUUCUCUCUCUACUUUUAGAGUUAGAGAGAGGAAACCCACUCUUCAUCUUUCACAGGGGAUCGAGCUUUAUCUUUUUGGUGUAAUAUAAUUCGAUCUUUGAUCGACUUUCUUCCGUGUUAUCGGAUUAGUUUUUCGCGUUGGCGAUUUUGUUUGUGUUUCAACCCUUAACCGAUAUGUUCUUCAUCUUCUCAUCUCCUAUCAGGUUUGUGGUUGAAAUUUAAUAAGUUCGCGUAGGCGAUAUCUCUUCGUUUUAGGCGAUUUUUUGUUGUGUUAAUCUAAAAUCCGAUCUCUUUCUUUCUUUUAUAAAUCAAUAUUCCGAUUGGUUUAUGGAGGUUAUCGUCUUCUCGAUAGUUAAGCUGGAUUUCUUACUCGGAAAAGGUAUCAAUCUUCGCUUCAUGAUAUUAGGGCGAAGUAUCCUUGAGGGUACGAGAUCGAGAUGAUUGAUUAUGCAGACUCAGAUUAGCUGGACCUUUCUUAUCGAAAGCGUUUUGGCGAAGUUUUGUGUUUACCUCCUUGAAGCUUCUCACCGGACUUCAUCUCUAUCGUGAAGAUGUGGAACUUUCAAAGACCGUCGGCGAUCACAGGAAGGAGGAGCGGUCAAGCGGUUCAACUAGGCGAAGAAAGAGGUUGAAGGUUCUCGGUCCGGUAAACUUUCCGGCGAAACCAGCAGUGCUCUCUUCAGAUCCAGAAACGUCGAUUUCCACACAAGGGUGCACGUGUCGAUCAUGCGUUAAAGUUUUAUUAUUAAGAACCACGUGUUUUCUUGUAACCUUAUCUUUGUUAUUGGGCUUCAACUGGGCUUAAAAAUGUAUGGGACUGAGUUGCAAUCGCUUGUAAGGUUGGGUUAUUGCCCAAUUAAUAAAACUGUUGACAAAAAAAAAAAA